CUUCCUUCGUUAUACAACAACAGGUUUAUCGACACGCAUACAGCGUACAGACCUGCACUGUAACAAACGCAUCUUUGGUGCAUUUCUCAUUGCUCUAUUUGCUUGUAUAUCCACACCUUGCUCUGCUUCAGGAACUGGAGCGGCCGAGGCUGUAGUUAGCAAUUUCGACAAUGAUCCACAAGCCAUAUCCUUUAUAAACCUCCUUUUCGUUGGUUUCAUAAUCUCGCAACUGAAUUUCCAGGCGCUGUUUACUGUCAACAGUCGAGGCCACAGCUAUACAGCGAAGGACCUAGAUCCUAAAGGUCUUCGCUAUGUCCUCCAAAGACUCUAGCAGCGGGAAGGCGAAAGCUUCAGAGGGAACCUCUCAAGCUCAAGAACAAGAGUCAGGUCCUUCACAAACACCAGUUGGCUCCAGCAUCCCUACCGGCACUGAGGCUCGGCAUCCUCUGCAUCGGUCCCAGUCGAUCACGAAGGAAUCCGAAGAUUUGCUUGGCUCAAGCGUCAGGUCUACUGAUACAGUACGCCGCAGACCAGAAGCCAGCGCUACUGGAUAUGGAUCGAUAUCAGGACCCUCGAACCCUAGUCCCUCGCAUGGAUCCGAACGAACAACCCCGCGAAAGGUUGACUCGGCGCGCUCUAUACAAUCUGCACAGUCUCCACUUCUAGGCCCAGAGCGUGGAAGAUAUCAACGAGGCCAGAAACCCGCAAUGACACGUCGAGUCUCAUCCACUCCACAAGGCCCGCAUCGCGGCCAGGAAUUUUCGGUCGACGAUGAUGCAAAUGAAAUCGAAGGGGACAAAGCACUUCGACAUGCGGGUGUGGGAGGGUCCGUAUCAGGGUUUGGGACAACCAAGUCAUCGCUCAGAAGGCGUCCCAUGGCUGUAGGGGCUGUUCCUCGAGAAGACUCGAACCGCGAGGACGAGCUACGCGCAACAGGAUCUGGCUUUACUGGCCGUGCGGAUGGAAUUACGGAAGAGGGUUCUGGUUCUGACGAGAGUCAGGAGACGAUACGUAAAAACGAUGAUAUGGAUCCGGAUACAACCAACCCCGACGACGACGAUGAUGAUAACGAGGAUGGUGACAUUAGCGACACCGAGAGCUUUACUUUGAAGGACAGGCAGGAAGCCAUCAACGAGACGCAUCCCUUUGGUAUCCGUAUAUGGAAGCCUGCGCUCUACAAAAAGGAUAGAUCGGUUCAAAAAAUAGCAGAGGGAGACAUUCAUUCCGCUCCUGGGGGGCUGGUAAGUAAGUGGCUUCUGCUUUUCAACGUCGCCUGGACUAUAUUGUUUGGAUGGUGGCUAGCGCUUGCUGCACUAACUGGUGCACUUGUGUGCUUUGUAUUUGGCGCCGCACCAGGCGCACUUGAGUAUGGAAGAGUCCUUUGGGGGUUAUCGGGCUACAUAUUCUACCCAUUUGGCAAGUUCGUACGGCUGGAGCAAGACGAAGCAUAUGCAAACGAGGAUGAGGGAGAAGGCAGAAGUGUCACGGAAUAUGAACGAUGGCAAUCCGGCGACCUUGAGGAUGGAAGACUGUUCUUCGGACCUGAUGGCGGGAAUAGGUCAAUAGUCGGACGCAGGCGAGGAAGUUUGGACUCUGUGGCUACCGAGACGGAUAGUCUCCUUGGCAGAACGAGACGUGGAGGUGAUAGAGACUCUUCGGUCCCUCGAACGAAGAGGAGACUCUUUGGUCGAGGCCAGUGGAAUCUUGGCCGCGUAAUCUUUUUCAUCUUCUUUUACGGGUUGAUUACGCCGCUGCUCUUUAUUGUCUCUGGAAUCUGCUGGAUCAUGGUCUUUUGGAUUCCAAUGGGCAAAGUAACUCUACUACUGAUAUAUCACCUUCGCCGCCAUCCUUUGGCACUCUCGUUUCAAUCCGACAGUUCAUACUCACGAGGUGGACCCAACUCAUCCAUACUCCUGUGCACAUACCGUGCUGUGGGCCUCAAGUAUUGGAAGUAUACCGUUGACGGUACCAACAUAUUCUUCAUCAAUCUCAUGGCCGUCGUCAUGUUCGUCAUACUCGACUACUGGGUGUUGCGCGACAUGAUGGAGCUUGACUUGGCUAUCACUCAACCGGCCUUCCUCUUUGUGGGUGCGCUUCUAUCCAUCAUCCCACUUGCAUACUUUAUUGGACAAGCCGUUGCAUCCAUUUCCGCGCAAUCCUCUAUGGGGCUGGGAGCGGCAAUCAAUGCCUUCUUCUCUACGCUGGUCGAGGUUUACUUGUACUGUGUUGCUUUAAACCAAGGCAAGGGGCAACUUGUCGAGGGCAGUAUUAUCGGUAGUAUAUUUGCUGGUAUCCUGUUCCUUCCCGGGCUAUCGAUGUGCUUUGGGGCCAUAAAACGGAAGACGCAAAGGUUCAAUGCGAAAUCCGCUGGUGUUACGUCUACAAUGCUGCUGUUUGCAGUCAUUGCUGCUUUUGGUCCCACCCUAUUCUACCAAAUAUAUGGAACUCAUGAACUCUCUUGCUUGUCAUGCAUCGACACCGAGAGUGAGGGUCCAAGCCGCGACUGUCGCCGCUGCUACUUUUCGCAAACUCCCUCCUUCGACGACCGAUUCUACAUCGAAGCGGUGCGGCCCUACUGUUGGUUUGCCGCCACACUUUUGUUUCUAUCAUAUAUCAUCGGGCUAUGGUUUACUCUCCGGACACAUGCUGCAGUCAUCUGGAACAUCGAGGUCGACGAGAAAAAAAUCCACGCCCAAGACGCAAGCCACCUUUUAGCUACUCAGCAGGCCGCCGACAGGGCUCUACGUAGCCACCAGCUAAACAUUAGCCCAGGUACUGCCCGCAGUGCUGAGAUCCGUGAUUCUCCACUGUACAAGAAAUUUGUGGGCCAGCCAUUGAAACAAGGGGCAACGCCGACUGAUUCGCCGGGGACAAAUCACAAUGGCCCUGUCACGACACCUCACAUGGUACCACCUAGAGCCAGUCUCGACAAUGCCGCGAGCCCACUUACGGAGGGUGCAACAGAUCCAACCGUGGAUACUGCCCUACAUGCUACGGAUGCUGGCAAGAAGGUCUCGUCUCACAAGCCAUCACCUCUCCCUGUGGAUGUAGAGGUAGCCGCCGUCGACGUGGCUGUAACAGGUGCUCACGAUGCGCCCAACUGGAGUAGAACGAAGAGUUCGGUCAUAUUAAUGAGUGCUACGAUCUUAUACGCCCUUAUUGCCGAAAUACUAGUCGAUACUGUCGAUGUUGUCUUGCAAGGAUUCGCUGUUGAUGAGAAAUUCCUUGGCAUAACGCUCUUCGCACUUGUUCCCAACACCACCGAGUUCCUUAACGCAAUAUCUUUUGCCAUGAAUGGCAAUAUUGCACUCUCCAUGGAGAUUGGUUCUGCAUACGCGCUCCAAGUGUGUCUUUUGCAGAUUCCCGCCCUCGUUCUAUUCAGUGCUGUUACCGCUGCAUAUGUCGAAGGAGGUGAUGCUGUUGAGAAGACCUUUAACCUCAUAUUCCCUCAGUGGGAUAUGGUUACAGUCAUCUUGUGCGUCUUCCUGUUGAGUUACAUGUACGGAGAAGGCAAGAGCAACUACUUCAAGGGAUCGAUUCUAAUCCUCAGUUACUUUGUUGUCAUUGUCGGCUUCUGGUUCUCCAGCAUGGCCGAUACGGACUCCAUGGGCAUGAGUAGAUUCGAUGUUAUUAAGGACGGCGCCGUAUUUGCGACGGUGGGAAGGGGGAAAUCGGGUGUGGCGUUUCAGCGGCGCGCAUAAUUGGACCAAAUGUCCCUCAUUCAUUUUUGUAGCAAAGAUUUUUGUGUGGUUUAGGCUGGAGUUGGGAAGCGUUGCAUAUCCAGUACACAAACGGAUCCUCUGGGACUGAUUAAUAAUUCGGUUUUGUAAAUUAUUCAUUUACCGUUGCAACUCAUAUAAAUAUCCCAACCGUUUUCUAUCAUCCCGUUUGAAACACUGUGCCCAACGCACAGUCCCGAAUGCCCAAGCCAUGGUGGAGAGCCGCGAGGCGGCACUUCUGAACGCAAUCUACGCCAUAAUUCCAAAGACCAAUAUGCAUCCAUAGCAAAUCUUCAAAUAAAAUCGUAUCAGAGAGAUUUCAGGCACCAAUCCUAGCCGUAUAAGCCUCCCACCCCUUCCUCCUGUAUCGCUCCGCCUCCGUAACCGGAUCCGCCGCCCCAAUAAUGCCCCUGCCGACAAUAAUGAUAUCCACGCUCUUCUCUCCGAUCAGCUUUUGCGGGGUGUUAUACUGCUGCCCAAGACCGUCACUGUUGGCACGCUGCUCCUCGCCCGAGGGCAAUUGACAGCCAGGAGUCAUGGUGAUGAACUGGUCGUCUGCAGCUGUGUUUUGCGUCUCCUGUGCAAUAAAGCCCAUCACAAAGUCCUUGUUAUUCCUUGCGAUCUCUACACAAGCCUUUGCAUAUGCCUCGUCGAGCAGGUUCCCAGCGCUGGACAUCUGGGCCAGGAGAAGCAGACCGCGAUCGAGCGGCGCCUCCUCGAUCUUAAAAAAGAUAACGUCCUCUUCGCACUCUGGAAUAGGCGCACGUGGCGAGUUGGCAGGUUCGUAAGACUGCGACACGGUAGUGAUUGAGACAAUGCUCGCCUUGCGACGUGCCUGAAGCGCCUUCAAAUUCUUGAUGUCCUCGUCAUCCUUGCCCUCAUCGUCCUCGGACAGGCUCUCUGGCCUGGGCGUGCCAACCGUAAUAUCCGUUUUGACCUCGUACUUCUUCUUCUCGCGCCAGGCGCUCGCCGCAUCGGCCAGCGCAGACACAAUCGCUGCGCCGGGCAGGAUAUGCGCAUUCGUGAUGUGCGCCCACUCGACCGCCUUCCCGGGCCCGUCGGUAUACUGCUUCUGCACCGUCGAUCCGAUGUCGCUGAACUUCCUGUCCUCGAAGAUGAGGAAGCCGUGCUUGGCGGCCAGCGCCGCCAGUUGUGCGCCGGUGCCGGUCUCGACGUCCGAGUCCCAAUCGCUGACAAUGUCGUAGUGCGUCUUGAGGACCACGAUCGACGGGCCGAUCGAGUUCGCUAGGCGCAGCAGGGUGCGCGCGCUUGAGACAUCGGCGGAGAGACAGAGGUUGCUCUCCUUGACGACCAUGAGACGGUACAGGUACGCGCUCAAGGGGUGAGCCGAUUGCCGCUCCUCGUACGGGGUCUGGGCAAUGCUUCGAGACAUGGCCGGUAAUUGGCAGUCGGGGACUGCGCUGUGCACGUCGGCGGGGUGUUCCAGUGCUCCGGGCUAGUCGUGGGAUGUUGAGAUGCGAGGGGUCGUUAUAAAAUCAAACUCUGCGGUUCGAGGUUCCCAUGGGUUUGUUCUGGUAUGGUGCUAGGGCGGUUUGGGGUCCAACCAGGUACGAAGACUAGCCGACGAAUCACCACAACUUUUACGACUGAACAGUGUCUUAUUAUAUAUAUUUCGAAUGUGUGAAAUUGCUACCCGGUUGCCGUUACUUGAGUAAAGGGAAAUUCUAUUUACAACGCCAUACAUCGCUUCCAAUGGCUCAUGAUUACAACAGCUAGUAUCAUUGCCCCGCACGUCUAGCCCACCUAAUACCCACUAUCCCAGAGAUCGUCUUUGUCCUUCACCAUCUCCAUAACACGAGAUUUCGGCUCCAUCUUCUUCAUCGCCUUGCGAUCUUCCCGCGUGAUCAGUCGUGGUGUGAUUGGCACCAGAGGAGUGAACGGUUGGUAGGGGCUAUAUGGUGUUGCUCCAGCAGACCACGGAGUUCUUAACCCUGGCGACAGCGGCGUAGUCCGUUCCAGGACCGUUGUCUUGGUAGAAUAUGAGAAUGACGGUGAAGAAAGUCCGGGAGGUGGGUCAAACGCUCUGAAGGGAAGCUGUCGUGUAGAUGAGGUUGCCGACGAAGGGUUCACGGAAACGGGACCGGGGAUCGUCAAGUUCAAAGGACGGUUCGUAGCAACCGGCCUGUUGUUAGGUGGUGGCCCCAUUGAAGCUGAAGCGAGGUUUUCUGCAAUUGAUCGUGCCGGCGAGAUGGGUGACGGAUCUGCAGUUUGCACGCUGGAGUUGUUACGGGAAUGGUACUGAUAGGGCAUUUGACCUUCAGGAACCGGAGGUGGAGGUGGAAGCUGGUGGUGGCGAGGGCUAAGUGGCUCCUCAUCCGACGCAUAUGUUGCGGGGAAGGUUGCAGAGAGAGGCGUGGCCAUUGGAGAGCUGAUCUUCAUUCCACGGAUGCCCUUACGCUUCGGCGAUUUGAGGGACGAGAUCAAGGACGCUGCGCGCGAGUGUGUUUUCUCGGUGCUGCUCAGAUUGGCCGGCUUGAGCUUCUCCAGGAGCUUGCUGGAGGCAGUGCUUUGCCUCUGAGGCGAGGCAGAUGGAAGAGGGGUUGGGGCAGGCAUAUCUGCUAUGUUGAGUCCGGCUGCUUUAGCUUCCUCCUGUUCCAUAACAUGCGCGUAUAGGUCCUCGAGUCCGCGAUUUAAAAGCUCGCGAUCUGCUUGUAUAAUUCGCGAAUCGACUCCUGGGUUGGUCCCGGGCGAGGCGGGAGAGCAGUUUUGAGAGGGGAAGACGUAGGGAUUCUGGGUCUUCUCGGCAGCUGGCCGCGCAGCGGUGCGAAAGGCUGUGGCGGCCGAAGUGAGCGAGAUUGGAGAUGGAUAAUAUGCGGCGGGGUUUAUAACGUGUCCAACUAGCAUCUCAACAUCAUUCUGUGCUGCGAGUUCUCUUGCUUUGCGAAGUCGGCGUCCGCGUCGAACGAAGAAUAGGGCGAGAAGGAUGGUGACCACCACGAAUACGUAUGCGCCAACGAUUCCACCUAUUUCAGCAGGAAGGAAGGACUUGUCGCGAAGUGCUCUAGCUGAUAAGAGAGGGCCGUCUUCUGGAGAUGGCGCUGUGUCCCAGUCGAUAUCCAGCGGAUUGCCUCGAGCAUUUAUAACGUUCUCGACGACUUGUGGAGCCUUGCGGGCGAUUCGUGUAACAAGAGCUGGGAGACCGGUGAAAGCUUCCCGCAUGGCUAUUCUCACUCCUAUGAAGCGAUAGUCGAGUGGAGAGAGAUCAUCGGCACCUGAAGGGCGAACGUCUCAAGGCGAGAAGCUAUUCAUGGGAUGUGAACGUGAUGAAGUGCGACGGAUCAGAUGUGGGCGCAAGGGGGCGACAGGUGCUGGACUGGAGAUACAGCAUACAUAGCAGCCUUCAGCGACAUGAUAGGCUGGACGGGAUGCAAGGCGGGACGCAAGGUGACAGGAAGCUGUGCACCUGGGA